CUCUGUCUCUCUCUCUCUCUCAUCUCAUAUAUUCCAUCUUAUCGGCAAAGGGAGGUGAGGAAGAGAUGGAGAAACCAAGCGUGGAGUCUCCUCUGCUCCUAAGUUCUGAAAAGAGAGGAGGAGAGGUCUUGGCUGAGGUUAAGAAGCAGCUAUGGUUGGCAGGGCCUUUGAUAGCAACAAGCUUGUUACAGAUGAUCCUCCAAGUGAUUUCAGUGAUGUUUGUUGGCCAUCUUGGAGAGCUUGCUCUCUCUGGUGCCUCCAUGGCCACUUCCUUUGCUGGGGUUACCGGUUUCAGCUUGUUGUUGGGAAUGAGCAGCGCACUUGAUACCUUGUGCGGACAAGCCUUUGGAGCAAAAUCAUAUCGUAUGCUCGGUAUACAUAUGCAAAGAGCUAUGCUGGUCCUCAUGCUUGUAAGUAUUCCACUUGCUGCUGUCUGGGCCUAUACAGGCCAAAUUCUUAUGCUCUGUGGGCAAGACACAGAGAUAGCAACAGAAGCUGGAUUGUAUGCUCGAUGGAUGAUCCCAAGCCUUUUUGCAUAUGGCCUCAUCCAAUGCCAUGUUAGAUUCCUCCAGACUCAAAAUAUAGUCUUCCCAAUGAUGCUUGCUUCUGGGUUUGCAGCAUUGCUUCACAUCCUCGUCUGUUGGCUUCUAGUAUUCAAGUCCGGCCUCGGCAGCAGAGGCGCUGCCUUGGCCAAUUCUUUCUCUUACUGGAUGAAUGUGUUGCUGUUGGCACUUUUUGUGAAGCUAUCCCCUGACUGCAAGAAGACUUGGACUGGCUUUUCAAAAGAAGCCUUGCAUGACAUCAUCAACUUCAUUAGACUAGCUAUUCCAUCAGCAGUGAUGGUUUGCUUGGAAUUCUGGUCGUUCGAAUUGCUUGUACUUCUUUCUGGUCUUCUUCCAAAUCCACAGCUAGAGACAUCAGUGUUGUCAAUAAGCCUCAACACUACCUCAAUUGUAUUCAUGGUUCCUUUCGGCCUCGGUGCUGCAGUAAGCACACGCGUUUCCAAUGAACUUGGGGCUGGGCGUCCACAAGCUGCUCGGUUAGCAGUACGUGUGGUGGUGUUUAUGGCCAUUGCCCAAGGCUUGGUUGUAGGAUCGACCAUGGUCUUUGUGCGCAAGCUCUGGGGGUAUGCAUAUAGCAAUGAAGAGGAAGUGGUGAACUAUGUGGCAGUUAUGCUGCCAAUUCUUGCAACCUCCAACAUGAUGGAUGGGGUGCAAUGCGUGCUCUCAGGGGUUGCCAGAGGAUGCGGUUGGCAGAAGAUUGGUGCUGUUGUUAACCUUGGAGCUUAUUACUUGGUUGGCAUUCCUUCAGCUAUUCUUCUAGCAUUUGUCCUCCAUGUUGGAGGAAAGGGUCUCUGGAUGGGAAUCAUAUGUGGCCUCAUUGUCCAAGCUUUGUCGCUUUCGACAAUUACUCUCACCAACUGGGAAAAAGAGGCAAGGAAAGCUAGGGAUAGAGUGUACAGCUCCACAAUUCCCAUCGACAUGGAGACAUGAUACAUCUAGUUGCAUGGUAUUGUAGAUGUAAAAUCCCGUCAUCGUAAGACAAAGUCGGACUGUUCCCUCAUAUUUCAAUUCUGCCACCAACUAUUAAUAUAUAUUAUUUUGGUGAAAAA